CUUUAUUCAUCUAUUAAUUACUCAUAUAACUCAGCAGUCUUGCUUUUGCAGAACAUAUCAAUGUGAUAUAUUGUGUUUUCUAAUUUGGGGAAAUGAUGAAGAAAACUGGAUGUUUUAAAAUAGGAUUUGAGUCUGUCUGGGAGCUGCUUCUUAUCAAUCCAAAUGAAUGGGCAGGGAAGCUGAUUUGGAGCUGAUUCUGUGAAUCAUUGUAUUCUUGCACAUUUUGCUUUUUCAGAAACUCUUAAGCGCUUUAUUCUUAGAUAAUACUUUGUGUUAUGUGUUAUGUCAAGCAUUGAUUGUAAUAUUAACAUUUUUCUGUGCAUAUUCUUCAUGUGAAAUCUGCUUCUGGAAUGUUGAACAAACUGGAAAACAUUAUCAAAAUAGCAUGUAAGGAGCUACUCUAAGAGAACAGCAGGCAGAUUCUGGGGGCAGAGUCAAGAGAGGAAUCAUCCUGGAGUCCUUAUGUUCCCACAAAUGGUCUAAAUCUAACCCCUUACAUUAAUUCUUAUCUAGUGCCAAUUUAAGGCUGACCUUUAGUUGACUAGAUUCUUGUAUAUAGGCGUGAGCAAUAAAUCAACAUAACUGGAACUUAGCAUGUGGUCCGUUUCUCACCUGACAAAUACUUGGAAUGAUUAAGCACAAUUAAGAAUAAAGACUUUUCAUUCCAGUAGCUGGGAUUUAAAUCUCAUGUCGUUGUUUUCAGUGAAGGCCAAUCACUGAAGUCCCCUUGGAAACUUACAGGGUGUUAAUGGUUAAUGCAAUAAUUUGGACACUGUAACCAAAUAUAUAAAUCUGCUGUUGUGCCAAAAAUAAGUUAGUUAUUUUUAACUAGUAAAUAACCUCAAUACUCAGAAGAAGUCUAAAACAAACCAUAUUUCAUUAUUGGGAUGGGGAGAAUCCAGGCUGCAACCUGUAAGUAUUUUAAGAUGGAACUGGUUGCCUAGACUUUAAGACAGUGCUUAAAAUAUUUCUUGAGCUUCAUUACAGUUUCCCCCUGGAAGUGCCUUCCUGUCAUAUGUGCCCUCCAGAUGUUUUGCCUUGUCCUUAGGAAUUAUGAAAAUUGCAGUCGAAAAACUCUGGAGAGCAUUAGAUUGAAGUAAUAGUUGACAAAUAGCUUAUUUCCCUCCCCUCCCCCUGUCCAUUUGAUUACCCAGUUUAGGGGAAAGUUCUAGAUAACAUGUCCUCCUUUUCAGAGGCUUCCUCUUCUGAAUAUUGACAACAUGAAAUACAUUGAUCAUUGGCAGAGGGCUGAAAAUAGAUCAUCUUGACAUUAUAAAUAUUGACAUUGAUUCCAAUGUUCCUAAUCCAACCCUUGUCUUUUUCUUCGUGCUGAAGGUCUUGUCUUCCUGCCUUUUUAUUAACUUUAAUCUUUUCGUUUGAGCUGCCUUGAACAUUUACUUAGAAGGAUGCAAUUUAAAAAAAAGUCGGCUGAAAUUAACUUACUAAAUAAUUUGUGUAAUAAUUAACAGAUUUCUUAAGUUUGCAACACACCAUUUCCCUUACAAUAACAAAAAUCCUGCCAAUAACCAACAAAGAGGAAUGUUUGUCGGAAUCAUAAACAGCCUUAACUAAAUCUUUGUUAGCCCUUUGUGGGGGUGGGGAAAAUCCAUGGACUUUUGACCAUAAUGAUGUAAUGGUCAUAUUGUCAAAUUGGAUUAAAAGCAUAACAUUUUAAGAGCAAAAUGUUUACCUAAUUCUCCUAAAUAUUUAGAGUGGGGCAAAGAUCCAUUGAAGAAAUAUGCUUCUUUCCGAUGCAGUGAUUUAAAUUCAAUGACACUGUUUACAAAUGUCAGAACUGCUCCAUUAAUGUCCAGGGUCCAGCUGCAUGUUGAAAUGAAGCCAAUCAAAGACUGAAGCUAACAAAUUAUUGCUGUUUUUCUAAUGCUCUCUGAUUAGCGUGAUCUUCAAAUAAUUUGCUGCUGCUUAUUGCUGAUUGUUGCUGAUCGUUUCUAACCCUUUAGCGAUUCUUCUAAUCUUCAACCACCUAAAGCCUUCGUUUCUGCUUUUGUCUGCUGCUGCUGCUGCUGCUUCCUCCUUGAGGGGGAAAAAAACUUAAGAAACUUGGAUUCCCCAAAAGGACAGUUGGCAGAUCUAAAAGAAAAAGAAAGCCGUCCAUUAUGAAUCUUAAAGAAAGACUGUGGACCCUUGUGUGGUUCCCCCUGUAUUUUUUGAUAAAUGUGUACAGUGCCCUUGUAUUCAUACCCUGGUAUUUUCUUACAAAUGUUAAGAAGAAAAAAGCUAUGGCGAAGCGCUUAAAAGCUAAGCCCGUCUCCGACAGCCCCGGAAGUCCGUAUCGGUCCAUUUCGCAUAUGGAAUCAUUAGCCAAUAUAGACUUUCCUGGAGUGGACACACUGGACAAAUUGUUUGAACUUGCUGUGACAAAAUUUGGGAAGAAAGACUGUCUGGGAACAAGAGAGGUCCUGAGCGAAGAGAAUGAAAUGCAGCCAAAUGGAAAAGUAUUUAAAAAGUUAAUCCUAGGGAACUAUAGGUGGCUGAGCUAUGAAGAGACUAACCAGAAGGUGAAGCACUUUGGGAGCGGGUUAGUGGCGCUUGGAUUGCCGCCCAAGAGCACUGUGGCUGUAUUUUGCGAGACGCGAACUGAAUGGUUUAUUGCCGCCCAGUCUUGCUUCCUUUACAACUUUCCCCUUGUUACACUAUACGCAACCCUUGGAGAAGAGGCGGUAACCUAUGGAUUAAAUGAAUCCGAAGCAUCAUUUCUAAUCACUAGCUUAGAUCUUUUGGAAGGCAAACUGAAGAAUGUACUGUCAAAAAUUCCCUGCCUCAAAUACAUCAUUUAUGUGGAUAAUAAGACUAUCAAUAAAGCAGAAUAUCCUAAAGGGCUGGAGAUCCAUAGCAUGCAAGCAGUAGAAGAACUUGGAGCCAAACCAGAAAACUUGAGCAUCCCUCCCUGCCGCCCUCUUCCUACAGACAUGGCCUUAGUGAUGUAUACCAGUGGCUCCACAGGAAGGCCAAAAGGGGUCAUGAUGGUCCAUAAAAAUCUCAUAGCUGGAAUGACUGGACAGUGUGAGCGAAUUCCUGGCCUGGGACCCAACGACACGUACAUUGGCUACUUGCCUUUGGCUCAUGUAUUAGAACUGACAGCAGAAAUUUCCUGCAUUACUUAUGGCUGCAGGAUUGGAUAUUCCUCACCACUCACCCUGUCAGACCAGUCCAGCAAAAUUAAAAAGGGAAGCAAAGGAGACUGCAGUGUUCUGAAGCCCACCUUGAUGGCGGCUGUGCCAGAAAUCAUGGAUCGAAUUUAUAAGAACGUUAUGAGUAAAGUUCAGGAGAUGAACUAUUUCCAGAAAACUUUAUUCAAGAUAGGAUAUGACUAUAAAUUGGAACAAAUAAAAAGAGGUUAUGACGCACCUCUCUGUAACUUACUGCUGUUUAAAAAGGUAAAGGCCCUGUUGGGAGGGAAUGUCCGUAUGAUGCUUUCCGGAGGGGCUCCUCUCUCAUCUCAAACACAGAGGUUCAUGAACAUCUGCUUCUGCUGCCCUGUUGGCCAAGGCUACGGCCUGACGGAAACCUGUGGAGCAGGCACCAUUACUGAAGUAACUGACUACAGUACUGGAAGAGUUGGGGCUCCUCUUAUCUGCUGUGAGAUUAAACUCAGAGACUGGCAAGAAGGAGGUUACACAACAAGAGACUUGCCCCAUCCCAGGGGAGAGAUUAUAAUUGGAGGGCCCAAUGUCUCCAUGGGAUACUUCAGAAAUGACGAGAAAACAGCUGAAGAUUUCAUUGUCGAUGACAAAGGCCAGCAAUGGUUUUGCACUGGAGAUAUUGGAGAAUUUCAUUCUGACGGCUGCCUCCAAAUCAUAGAUCGUAAAAAAGACUUGGUGAAGUUGCAAGCUGGAGAAUAUGUGUCUCUUGGCAAAGUUGAGGCAGCCUUGAAAAACUGCCCCCUGAUUGACAAUAUUUGUGCAUAUGCGAAAAGCAACCAGUCUUACGUUAUCAGUUUUGUGGUUCCCAAUCAGAAGAAACUAAUGGCACUUGCUGAACAGAGGGGCAUGACUGACAGCUGGGUCAACAUCUGUAACAAUCCCAUCAUGGAAUCGGAAGUCCUGAAAGAGAUUAAGAACACGGCUAACAAAAUGAAGUUGGAAAGAUUUGAAGUGCCCAUCAAAGUGCGUCUGAGUCCAGAGCCCUGGACUCCCGAAACAGGCUUGGUCACCGAUGCUUUCAAACUGAAAAGGAAGGAACUGAAGAACCAUUACCUCAAUGACAUCGAGCGGAUGUACGGAGGGAAGUAAGGCCUCCCAAUCACCCUGCGUCAGAAACCCUGCGUUGUCUCCUUCUGGAAUUGAAUGAGGAAUGAAUUUCCCAAAAGCUGUGUUUUCAUAAAACAGUUGAAAAUUUUCUCUCGGUUAUCCCAGAAGAAACGGCUGCGCUGGCUUUCUGGCCUGCAGUUUUCCAAGAUGCUGUCAAAAACACCGACCCACUGCCAUGGUUUCAUGAGACCACUUCCAGUUCCAAAUGUCUGCGUCCGUAUGGACACCCCCCCCCCCACUAGAUAAACCAAUAUUUCUACCUUU